AUGGCAGAAAGUACAAGGAAACUUGCCCUUAUUUUCUUGGUUACUUUUGCCAUUGUUAUUCCAUGCAUUAAGGCUGGCAUUGCUGAAUAUGAUGAUUUUCUCAAGGCACAAGCUGAGAUGGCCCAUGAAAUUGCCCUUGAGUCCUUCGUUCCUAAUCCCUUGAACGUUACAUCUGAGCUCAAUCUCCACGUUCAUCUGGCAAUGGAGGAAGCAGCAAACAUGACGAGGAGGAAUCUAAGGCAAGGACAUGCAUUCGAUCCACAUGCACCAUGCGAGGCCACUAACCCUAUUGACCGUUGCUGGAGGUGCCGUGCCGAUUGGGCCAAAAACCGCCAAUUGUUGGCCAAAUGUGGAAAGGGUUUCGGACGUAGGGCCGUCGGAGGCCUCGGUGGCCCCAUCUACGUCGUCACCGACGAAUCCGAUAACGAUUUGGUUAACCCUGCUCCCGGAACCCUAAGACAUGCCGUUACUCAGAAGGGACCCUUGUGGAUCAUCUUUGCACGCAGCAUGGUCAUUAGAUUGCAACAAGAGUUGUUGAUUUCCUCCGACAAGACCAUCGACGGCCGUGGUGCUCAUGUUAUGAUCAGGGACGGUGCCGGCCUCACUAUGCAAUUCGUCAACAAUAUCAUUGUCCAUAACCUCCACAUCAAGAAGAUCAAGUCCAUGGCUGGUGGCAUGAUUAGGGAUUCUUACAACCAUGUUGGUCAAAGAACAAGGAGUGAUGGUGAUGCCAUCUCCAUUUUCGGAUCCUCCAACAUUUGGGUUGAUCACAUUUCCAUGUCUGAGUGUGAUGAUGGUCUUGUUGAUGUUAUCCAGGGCUCUACCGCCAUCACCAUCUCCAAUUGCCACAUGACCAAGCAUAACGACGUGAUGUUGUUCGGAGCUAGUGACUCGUACACCGGCGACAAGAUCAUGCAAAUCACGGUAGCAUUCAACCACUUCGGACAAGGAUUGAUUCAGAGGAUGCCAAGGUGCAGAUAUGGAUUCUUCCAUGUGUUGAACAAUGACUACACUCAUUGGUUGAUGUACGCCAUUGGAGGAAGCUCAGGGCCAACAAUUCUGAGCCAAGGAAACCGUUUCAUUGCACCAAACAACAAUGCUGCCAAGGAAAUCACACACAGAGACUAUGCACCAAAAGAGGUGUGGUCAAAGUGGCAAUGGACCUCAGAUCAAGACCUCUUCAUGAAUGGUGCCACGUUUCUUCAAUCUGGUCAACCAAUCACUAAGUUGCAAAAUGUCAACAAAGGGAUGAUGAUGAAGCCAAGACCUGGUAGCCAUGCCAAUAGGCUAACAAAGUAUGCUGGUGCCCUUGGUUGUAUUGUAGGCAAGCCUUGCUAG